CAGAGCCAGUGUUCAAGGAAGUGUGGACCAGGAUGGACCCUCACAGCUUCCCACAGCGCAGGUGUUACAUACAGCACCAGGGGACUUAGCCAUCUACAGGCAUCUGGCGCUUCCAUCAUGAGGGGACACUCUUGACCGAAAAAUGACUUUAACCAAAAUCAGUUUUGGGUAUGGGUUCCUAAUUAUUUUAUCAAUCUGCUUAGUGGUCGGACUUAGUCAAAAUCUGAAGCUGGGAUGGGCUAUAAAUCUGUUUGAAAGAUUCGGAUACUUACAUAUUACGAUGAGAGUUAUGCCGAGAAAUGACACCAAGUGGAUAUUCAGGGAACCCUCUGUCGAAAUUUUUAAAGACAUAGAGUCUAUGAAGAAGACGGAAUUACUCAGUGAAGGGAAUUCUGUGUUUCAUGGCAACUUCAACAUGUUUUUUUGUGAUGACUUACAUGAACUAUUCAAAACUUACUUUCAAGAAUUCUCCAUCGAAAGAUUGGAUGAACCAUGGGAAGCUUUUUUAGAGAACUUUAGCAAUGAGACAUUAGCGUACAAUCUUGGCAUAAAUGUCAGUUAUGUGUCAGGAGAUCACUGUUAUGUCCUAGUAAAAAUUACUAGGGUGAGAGAUAAAAUAUCUUUUUCUCCAGAAUUCGAAGCUUUGAAUGCGUCAGUGAACCAAGCAGUACUAGAUAAAGCAGAAACUGUAAAAUUAGGUGAUAUGUCAAGUUUGUGGGGUUUUGUAAAGACAUUUGGUUCCCACUACAUAACAUCCUAUGCGACAGGAAAUUCUAUGUAUCAAGUAAUAGUUUACUCACAAAAGAUAUACAAGAAAUUGCGAGAUAAAAUUGAAAAGGCAUCUGGUUUUCAAUCGCUCAGUAAUGAAGAAAUAAAUUUCCUUUUCUCACCACAGUUCGCAGAACACAUGGGUAAUGUUCUGACAUCGAGUGGAAACGAGACACUCCUGGAUUGGGCAGAAGAAUCUUUAAAUAGUUCCUAUACGGUACCUGCAGAUCCACCUUACAAAAUUACUUAUUCGAAUCUCCUCAAGCUUUAUAGAAACUCCAAACUGCUAAAGCAACUUGAAGUGUUACUGGGAAACGAGGCUUUACUUCAUUUGAAGCUGAUGACAGUUGGGCCAGUAUUCAAGGAUAAGCAGAUAAGAGACUGGUUUUUAGAAGUUUUAGAUAAUAAUUUGAAACUGUGGGAAGUUAACUGAAUGAGAAGUAAAAUCAACACUGAAUACUGUGAUUAUAAUAAAUAAGUAGGUAAACUUAAAUUGAACUGAUUCCAAAGUUGUUUUUUUAAUGUGAUUAAUUUAAGAUGUAUAAUAAUUCAAGUGAAAUAAAGUAUAUUAUUUGUAGCACAGUAAUAAUAACAAUUACCUACCUAAAUAAAAGAUUUAAUUAAAUCUCAUUAUAAUAUAAUGGAUCAAAUUUCAGAUGACUUAACUGUUACACAAGACAUACCAAAGACAAUCAAUAAAAAAAAACACUGCAACUAAAGGUCGAUAAAAAAACUGCUAAUUAUAUAACUAUAAACAAACAUUCAUCAUAUCAAAAAAAAUUAGUAUACGUUAAUGUAUCAUCCAAUUAUUAAAUGAAUAUU